CCCCAAGGAGGCACAGGCGCCCAUUGGGUGGCGCGGUCGGGGGCGGGGCCAGACCUUAAAGGGCCCCGGAACCAAAGAAGAACGAAGAACCAGACCCGUCUAUGGAGCCCAAACGAAACCAUCCGCUGUUCGGGGGAGCCUUCUCCAUCACCCUUCCCCCAGGGGCUCUGGACGUGAGUGAUUUCCGGCCGGUACCGGACAACCAGGAAGUUUUCUGCCACCGCGGGACGGGGCAGAGUCUCAUCGUGGAACUCCUGGAGCUGCAGGCACACGUGCAAGGAGAAGCGGCAGCGCGGUACCACUUCGAGGCUCUGGGAGGGGUGCAAGGGUCCGGGGGCGAGCAAGUAGAGGCUGUGCAGCCCCUUUCCUCCCACACUCUGUCCCUUCGGGGCUGCCGGGAUGCCUGGGUCCUCUGCGGUCGGCAGCGUAUGGCCAAGGAAAAUGAGGCGAAUGAAAAGGAUGUGAUCUUACACCUGGCCCUGUUCCGAUUGCCCCAAUAUGGGACCGACCUUCUGCUGACCUUCAACGAACCUAUAUCUGGGAGUAGGCCAGCCCAUGGACAUGAAGCCCAGUGCCUCCCACCCUGGACCCUGGUUGACUUUGAAAGGCUAGUGACUUCCCUGACUCUUCUUGACCCCAGUAUCUUUGGUCCCCGGGAAAGAUCCUGAACUGCCCUCUGCUGCUGGUGUCUGAAUGUCUGGAUUCCCUAAAAGAAGCAAGGGAUUGAUGGUUGGGGUUUCCCCCAUAUCUCUGUUCCACAUACAGACAUAAGGCACCACCUUUGCAGAAAUAAACUUGCUUUAUACCAAUA